GUCUCGUCUCACUGUUUCCGUUUCUUUUGGUUUCCUGGUUGGUUCAUCAUACGGUUAUCUCGCGGAAUCUCGGUUUGUUACCACUUUAACAAUGUCGCAGAUUAGAGGAAACAGUGUCAAACCGAUGCUCAGAAUUAGAGUUCCAUGCUUUGAUAACUCGGAUAUAAUCAGAAGUUUGAACAAAACUCUGAUCGGUAGGAUAACGAAUCCUGAGACUCAAAAUGUUGGAUCAAUAGUUUCAGUGAUGCCCAAAAUCUGGAAACUAGAUGAUGGUCGAGUAACCGGUUCGGAUUUGGGUUUGGGAAGGUUCCGGCUUGAUUUCAAAAGAGAAGAAGAUAUUCUUGAAGUGCUCAAAACAGAGUCUUUCAGUUUUAACCAAUGGAUGGUGUCGAUUGUAAGAUGGGAACCGGCUGUAUACAAAAACCACCCGUGUGAUAUAACGUUUUGGGUCAGUCUCGUUGGUGUCCCUAGGCAUUGGUGGGAAGAUCGGGUUUUGAGGAGAAUAGGGGACGAGCUUGGUACGGUUCGAGAAGUUGAUGAAGUCAAUGCCAUGGUUAAAGUGACUGUCAAUGGUACUAAACCAUUGUGCUUUGAAAUACCAGUUCGAUUCGAAACCAGUGGAGAGGAGGUGGAUGUGAAGGUGGAGUAUGAGAAGCUUUCUGGUUAUUGUUCGACAUGUUUUCGUCUUUCUCAUGACAAAGAAUCUUGCCCUGAAAGCGACUUGCGCAAAGAAGUUGAGGAAGAGAAAGAUUUGAAGAUGCAUGCAACUAUUUGCAUGAAUGAUUGAACCACGUAAACCGUCAAAAGUUUGUUAACCCGGCUCGUCACCGGUAAUAGAUGGAUUAAGCAAAUCGUCACUUUCUUUUUAAUCGUUAGUAUGUAUUGCUCAAUAACGAGAGUUAUCACCCAUCUCUCGAAUUUUCAU